AUGGGCCUUGGACAGGUUCUGCAAGACUUCGCCAACUGGUCAACUGUCUGUGGUGUGCCUCAUAUCGCCAAUGCCAGGACAAGGGCAUGGCGGAUUUUUUGGUCCGUUAUUUUCUCCAUCAUGGUCGCCGUGUUCAUCUACCAACUCUACAUUAUGAUCGUCAAAUUUUUGUCCUUUCCCAGUAUUGUUAAUACGGAAAUCUUCUACAAGGAGCAGGACUUUCUCUGUGGUUACCGUAUGCCGAACUUCGCAAUCCAUACAAAUAUCAGCAGUACGGGAUCCCGAUAA